UGGGGUUAUUAGUCCGUGUAAUCCCACCCCCUUAUCUCCACAUUUCACUACUCUCUCUCUCUCUCUCUCUCUCCAUCUCUCUUCUCUGUCUGUUUGGUUCUGCGUUUCGUGCUUUGGAUCUCGUCAAUGACUACACGGGGCCAGGUUAUCACCUGCAAAGCCGCGGUUGCUUACGAACCAAACAAGCCGUUGGUGAUAGAAGAUGUGCAGGUGGCUCCUCCUCAGGCCGGAGAGGUCCGGGUCAAGAUUCUCUUCACUGCCCUUUGCCACACUGAUGCCUACACUUGGAGCGGCAAGGAUCCUGAAGGUCUCUUCCCAUGUAUUCUCGGUCACGAGGCUGCUGGGAUUGUUGAAAGUGUUGGCGAAGGAGUAACUGAAGUUCAACCAGGUGAUCAUGUCAUCCCUUGUUAUCAGGCAGAAUGCCGAGAAUGCAAGUUCUGCAAGUCAGGAAAGACAAAUCUCUGUGGAAAAGUUAGGACAGCUACUGGUGCUGGGGUCAUGAUGAAUGACCGUAAAAGCCGUUUCUCCAUAAAUGGAAAGCCACUCUACCACUUCAUGGGAACCUCGACAUUCAGUCAAUAUACUGUUGUACAUGAUGUUAGUGUUGCAAAGAUUGAUCUUAAGGCUCCCUUGGAGAAAGUUUGCCUUCUUGGAUGUGGUGUUCCUACUGGUCUUGGAGCAGUUUGGAACACGGCAAAAGUGGAAGCAGGGUCUAUCGUUGCUGUUUUUGGUCUUGGGACUGUUGGUCUUGCUGUUGCAGAGGGUGCAAAAGCAGCAGGAGCUUCACGGAUCAUUGGCAUAGAUAUUGAUGGCACGAAGUUUGAUAGAGCAAAGGAUUUUGGGGUCACCGAAUUUGUGAAUCCAAAAGACCAUGAAAAACCAAUUCAGCAGGUUCUUGUUGAUCUCACCGAUGGUGGGGUUGACUACAGCUUUGAGUGUAUUGGAAAUGUCUCUGUAAUGAGAGCUGCUUUAGAGUGCUGUCACAAGGGAUGGGGAACCUCUGUUAUUGUGGGGGUUGCAGCAUCUGGUCAGGAGAUAUCAACUCGUCCUUUCCAGUUGGUCACCGGGCGUGUCUGGAAAGGAACAGCUUUUGGUGGUUUUAAGAGCCGCUCACAAGUGCCUUGGCUUGUAGACAAGUACAUGAAGAAGGAAAUCAAGGUUGACGAGUACAUAACCCACAAUUUAACUCUUGGGGAGAUCAACAGGGCAUUUGAUCUAAUGCAUGAAGGUGGUUGCCUCCGCUGUGUGCUUAACAUGUUCGAAUGAGGGGUUCUAUUGAGGCCUGUCUGUGUGUGUUUCUUGGGGAAAGUUUCUUGUUUUUUCUUUUGCCUUGUUGUAAGCGAAUGGAGAGUUGAUCCUUCUAUCAGAGAAACUAAAUUGGGUUUUGAGUCUCUUUACUGUUUGAGAUAAGCAAGUGUUGCAGUUAUUCUGAUAUAUAAGAAUAAUGAGUUGGCCCACU